CUAUUUUUUUAUGUUGGACCACAUCUUAGAAAGCUUCGCAACAUGGAAGUGAAAAAUGCAAAUGCUGCCAUGCUCAGUAACUAUGAGGUGUUCAAGCUGCUGACAGACCUGAAGGAACACAGGAAGGACAGCAGCAAGAACAAGCACAGCAUUGGGCAGCAGAACCUCAACACCAUCAUGUAUGAGACGCUGAAGUACUUGUCCAAGACGCCGUGCAGCCGACAGAGUCCAGAGAUAGUCAAGGAGUUUCUGUCCACCAUGAAGCACCAGAAGCUGACAAAGGCUGAGAAACUGCAACUCAUGAACCACAGACCACAGACAGCAGUGGAGAUGCAGCUUAUGGUGGAGGAGAGCGAGGAGCGCCUGUCAGAGGAGCAGAUUGACAACCUCAUCCAGACCAUUUCAGAACUUUUACCUGGCAAUCCUGAGCAGGAAGACGCUGCUCCUGCUGAUACAGAGGUUCCUUGAGGACCACCAGAGGAGAACUUUAAAGCCUCUUGUGACAAUUUUGUAUUGCUGCUGAAUGUGACCAACGUGAAGAUGCAUGAUAGCGGUGCUGUUAAGGACGCUAAAUGGUCUGUUUAGAGGAGGCUGUAUCAACAUUGCAGAAUGGAUGAGCAAACAUUUGACUAGAGCCACCACAAUGUGCAAUGUUUUAUUUUUAUUACUUCAGCCAGAUGGUCUUUGAAUGUAUCACAAAGGAAAGCAACAAUUCGCUGAGGGGGGUGCAAAGCGCAGCCAUUUUUUUCUUAAACUGUAUAUAACGUCUGAGAAUUGUAACAUGGGUUGGUUUACAAAAUAAAAAAUAUCAAAAUGGCCCCGCUAACUUUGAAUCUUCCGUAUGUGGCCCUCUGUGGGAAGUUUGGAAAAACCCAAAUGGCAAAACAAAAAUGUAACUUAAAAAAAAUAUCUUAAAAUUGUGUGAGGAGUGUAUGUUCUAAGCAUUAUCGUUUUAAUGGACUAGAUGCACAAGCUAGUCACACGUGCACCGAUGUGUGGAUGAUGUCACAUCACAGAACAAUUGGCUGGACUUCCUGUUUGUUGCAUCAUUUUCCUGUUUUCACACACACUACUGUGAGGCAAUGUGAAGGUUGCAGGAUUUAUUCCCAGAACAAGAAGUGACAAUCGGCAACAUUGAAUAAAAAAUUUUAGCCAUUAACUUCAUGUCAUUGUAUAUGUAUUUAAAAAUGUUGCACAGAACAAAUGUACUGUACUCAGUUCACAGUAACAGCUAAUGUGUUGGCUAACACACAAAUCAAUCAACAGGCCAUAUCAAGCCAGUCAAUGGCAGAAAAACGACGCAGCCAUUAUCUAUCCAUUAUUUGCACCACAUCCUGUGUGGCCAUCUGCUA